AUGUCGUCAUCAAUGCGAAACGCCAUCCAGCGGCGCUCUCACCGCGAGCGUGCGCAGCCGCUGGAACGCAAACGGCUUGGCCUGCUCGAAAAGCACAAGGACUACAGCCUGCGUGCCAAGGACUGGAACAAGAAAAAGGCCACCCUCCAGAGCCUGCGCGAGAAGGCGGCCGCGCGCAACGAGGAUGAGUUCUCGUACAAGAUGAUCAGCCGCGGCCGCGGUCCAGGCACGGCCUUGUCGCGCGGCAGCGACCAGAAGCGCGACCGCCACUGGACCGGCACCGUCGACGGCGACCGGGGCAACCGCGCGCUGCCGGUGGACGCCGUGCGGCUGCUCAAGACGCAGGACACGGGCUAUCUGCGGACGGUGCGGAGCGUGCUGGUCAAGGAGGUGGCGCAGCUGGAGCAGCGGGUGGCGCUCGCCAAGGCGUUUCUGGGCGUGACCGACCUGGACGAGGACGAGGACGAGGACGAGGGCGAGGGCGAGGACGAGGACGACUUUGACUUUAGCGACCUGGACAGCGCGCCCAAGAGCACGGCAGCAAAACCCAAGGCCCAGGCGCAGAGGCCGCUCGCCAAACCCACACGCAUCGUCUUUGCCGAGAACGCGGCCGAGCGCGACACCAACGUCCAACACGUGAUGGCACGGGACACCCAGGCCGCUGUGGACGACGACAGCGAGGAGCGCCAAGAAAAGGUGGACAACGCACGGCGGCUGCAGAGACGGCUCGUCAAGGCCCGGGCGCGGCUGCAGGUGCUGGACCAGGCAGAGCACGAGCUGGACCUGCAACGCGCGCGCAUGGCCAAAACGGCAACGAUGGACAUGGUCACGAAGAGCGGCAAGAAGAUCAAGGUCCGGGAACGGAAGCGGUGA